ACAGUUCGAGUUCCGUUAACCGAGGAGUGCUGUUAAUGUUACAGUAUUGUAAACCUCCAAAAGCGCCUCAGUAAUGUGUAGUAAAUUGACCCUUAAUUUCAAAUUAUAUUGGAACCUUUUAAUUACUUCUAAAACGAAGUCUCUCUCUCUCUCUUCCAUCGUUUACAAACAGUAAACGAUGGAAGAACGCAGCAAACAAGACACGACAAUUUAUUGCGUGAGCGACUAAAUAUUACACCUGAAAAAUGGAAUUCGAAACUACUUACAUUUUAAACUGGACAUGGAUGAUAUUUUAACUUUAUAUAAAUUGAAAUUGAGGUUUUGCUCAGAUUUUGAAACAAAACAGGGUGAGGUGGACAUUUUUGAAUGCAGGUACUACACUGUGUGUCACCUACAACUAUGGAUACAGUUGGUGAAAUGGAUGAAGAUCAAUUUACAGAAUAUGCAAUUCAGCUGAGCAUUCAAGAGUCAAUUCAAGCUAGCAAAAACCCAUCUUCUGCAUAUAGAAACAGUUUGGUAUCACUUAGUGAGGAAAACCAAAGGAUUGUAUCAGCUAUAGAGCAAGGUGAAGUAUUUGUCCUCCAGCAGCUGUCUAAAUGCACGCUUGCCUUUGGAGAAGCAGAUGAAAGGGGGUGGCUUCCUCUUCACAAGGCUGCAGUCCAGCCAAUAGAUCAAGUGCUGGAGAUCGUUCUUGAUGCAGCUUCCAGUCUGAUUAAUUUGGAACAGGCAACAUUAGAUGGAGAGACUGCUCUUACUCUUGCUGCUCAGAUGGGAUAUGCCGGAAAUGUAAAGGCACUCCUCGAGAAGGGGGCUUCACCUUACACCACGAACAGCAAGCAAGAAUCUCCUCUUCUUCUCGCUGUAAGGCAUGGAUCCUAUGACAUGGUGUUGAACCUUAUCAAAAACGAGGCCCCAGUGAAUCAGUUUUGUAUUAAACGAUGGACAGCAAUGCAUGAGGCAGCCAAGCUGGGUCUGAGCAACAUUGUGAGGCUCUUAAUAAGAAGCGGUGGGAAUGUUAAUGAAAAAGAUGCUUAUGGAGUAACACCAUUAGCAACAGCAGCUGAAUAUGGCCGGACAGACGUGCUGGAGCUUCUAAUUCUUAAAGGGGGAAAUAUUCAUGCCACAGCUGAUGAUGGAGCAACUGUGUUGUUUGAUGCCGCUGGAGGGGGGAAUCCUGAUUGUGUCAGUGUGCUCUUAGAAUAUGGUGCAAGUGCCAAUAUGCCCAACAUGUCUGGUCACCUACCAAUUCAUAGAGCAGCAUAUCUAGGUCAUUACCUGGUACUGAAAACUCUGAUUCCGAUAACUUCUAAAAGUGCCAUUAAAAAAAGUGGCAUAAGCCCUAUGCAUUCAGCAGCAGAUGGAGGCAGUGUACAGUGCCUUCGUCUACUCAUAGAAAAUGGCUUUGAUGUGAACGUGCUGCUCGCCCAAUACGUAGCUGAGAUCUAUGAAGAUGAUCGGAAAACCCCAUUGUAUUUUGCCGUGUCUAAUGCAGAUGUUACAUGCACUGAGUUGCUGCUUAAAUAUGGUGCUGACCCAAACAACGAUCCCUUAAACUGCUUCCUUGUGGCAGUCCGCGCAAGGAGCUAUGAAAUUGUGAAACUGCUCCUGGCUCAUGGUGCUGAUGUCAAUUGUUGGUUUAUGGUAGUGAAUGACACACACUUCCCUACUGCCAUCCAGUACUGUUUGAAAGAUGAGAUGAUGAUGCGACUUUUGCUGAAUAAUGGCUAUGAUGCCAAGUUGUGCUUUGACUGUAUGCACGGUGACAGCUCAGGAGCUUCCUUUGCAUGGAGACAUCUGGAGACAGGGUGGACCACCUGUGUGAACAAGGAUACGCCAUUCUGUGACUUUAUCACUGUGAGCUGGUUGGCUGACGUGGCUGGAAAAGUAGUCCGGAUUCUUCUGGAUUAUGUGGACUUUGUUCCAAUAUGUUCUAAAUUGAAGCCUUGCCUGGAGAACCAAAAACAAUGGCUAGAGAUCUGUGAGAUACUCGAAAACCCACGUCCACUGAAGCACCUGUGCAGGCUGGUAAUACGCAGACAAAUGAAGCUGUAUCGCCUGCAGAACCAGGACUUCAUGGACUUGCUGCCCCUUCCACUCAUUCUUAAACAUUAUAUCUUGUACAGGGAGUAUGAUUUAUAUGGAAGAGGCAUUAGCAUGAAAUGAGUAUUGACCCUUUUUUAUGACCUUCCAUACACAUUAAUUUUGAACAUUGCUCAAUAAUAAUUUCAAAAAUAAUAAAACCAUGUUUUAAGCUUGCACACAUGUUAAGGUUUAUAUAUAGUGUUUACAGUAUUACAAAAAAAAAUACUGAUGAAAUAUAACAGAAAGUUAUAGAAGUCAAGUUAUAGAUGUGCUGCAGAUACACAGUGUGUGCAUAUACUAUAUUGCAUUGCUUUUUUAAAAAUUGUAUUGGCCUGCAUUUUCCACAAGUUUAAUUUUAUCUGCAAAGGUGUGCAUUCACAGGCCAGCACUAUCCACAGACGAUAUGCCAUCAAUUGUUGGUAAUAAGUAUUAUGUAUUUCUUGUACAGAAGUAGAGACAGUUAUAUAACACCACAGUUUUCAUACUGAAUUACGUUACAGUGUAUAAAGAAUCAAUAUAAUUUCAAAAUAUAUUU